ACUCUGACAUUAGACUUAUAAUGAAACCAUCAAAUUCCUUCCCACCCAACAGCUGAGGCUCUCACUCUCUCAUCAACUACUCCCAAAUCUUAUUUAAGUACCCGAACAAUUCUCACAACCACUUCAUCCAAAACCUUCAAAUCUCCUUUGUCUUCUCUGUUGAUUUGUUCUUCCAUUGCCAUUGUUUCAGUUACCAUCUCUUAAAAUGGCACCAAAUUAUGUGACUGAGUCCCCUCUGGAGAGGAAUACCCUGGCUUCUCUUGACCAAAAGCUGGCUCUGGCCAAGCGCUAUUCUCAUGACGGUGUAAUGGCAGGAGCUAAAGCAGCUAUUGUUGCUAGUAUUGCCACUGCCAUUCCAACACUGGCUAGUGUUAGGAUGCUGCCUUGGGCAAGAGCCAAUCUCAAUCACACUGCUCAAGCUCUCAUAAUCUCCACAGUGGCGGGAGCAGCAUAUUUCAUAGUUGCUGACAAGACCGUUUUAGCAACAGCUAGGAGGAAUUCGUUCAAGAAAUUAUCUAACGAUGAAGUAUAAAUUCCAAUCACAAAUAUGGCUUGCAAUUAUUGUUCUACCUCGUUUCACAAAUGAGAAGCCAAUUAUCAUGUAAACCCAUCUUCAGAAUAAAUAAAUAAAGAUGGGCUUCCGGCCAUCAGCUUUAUUAAUGCAAAUCAUCUUCAUAUACAUAUGCCAUCUCUUUCAAGUUACAACAUUUCACCAAUAAUCUUUACAUGAGCAAGAACCAUUUUUAAAAUGGUGAAAACGGUUCCUAUCUCUUGCAAUAAUUUCCCUAUUGAAGAUCUUGGAUAUCAGCUUCGUAGCUGAAUGACAAUUUCCACACACGCGAAGAUUUUUCACAAUUCUAAUUGUGGCCCCCGGCUUUGUACUGAUUAGACCAAAAGCAAUGGCUAACUUCUCACUAUGAUGACUCAAGGCCCCUUCCUUCCACUCUUCAUCCAUGUCAUAAAGCACCUCGGAUGUAUCUGGCACGAACCCAGCCAUCUCCAAAAGUUUAUCUAUUUCGUCCAACAUUUUAUAGAUGUCUUUGCCGAGGGGAUGCAAUUUACCACCAACAAGAAACUCAUGAACAACACUAUCCACCUCAAUGGAGGUACAUCCUGGAACUUUCUUCAUUCCCUUAUCUUUCAGCCUGGUUCUUAUUCUAGCCACAUCAUCCCAUCUACCAGCUCCUGCAUAUAUAUUUGAUAAAAGCACAUAAGCCCCAGGGUUUUCGGGCUCCAAUUCAAAGAGAUGCUCUGCGACGUAUUCACCCAGUUCUACACGUCCGUGAAGUCUACAAGCUCCAAGAAGAGAACCCCAAAUGGCCCCAUCUGGCUCCAUUUCCAUAUUCUUGAUAAAAGCUUCUGCUUCAUCAAACAUCCCAGCUCGGCCUAGAAGAUCUAUCAUGCAUCCAUAGUGUUCCAGUUUUGGUGAAAUAUUAAAAUCCUGGAUCAUUGAACUAAAAUAUUGGCGUCCAAGUUCUAGUCUACCGGCAUGAGUACAAGCAGAUAAUAAACCAACAAAUGUUAUAUCGUCUGGUUUGAGUCCUGCAUCGACCAUUUGUUCGAAAAGCCUAAUAGCCUUAUCUGCAUGUCCAUGCAUUGCUAACCCAGAUAUCAUCGCAUUCCAGGAAGCCAAGCUUUUAGGAUUCAAACCAUCAAAGACUUGUUCUGCUGCCUCUAUGUUUCCACAUUUAGCAUACAUGUCAAUUAUACUCGUCGAAAGAGAGCCAUUGGUC